UGGAAAACAUUUGAACGUUGCGUUGUGCACUCUGGAGCGCAUUUCACGCUUUUCAGAAUCAACACUUUCAGCAAAAACCAAACACUCUCUUUCUCAAAUUCCUUACUAAAAUAUCCUUUCUUGUUAAACCGACACCGUUUCAUCCUUUACUAUAGACUGAGUAUACGAGUUUUAUUCAUAUUUACCCAGAACUGAAACUCUUCUUUCAAAUACACUCAUUUUCAUUUGCGGAAAAUUUUUAGGGUUUUUUUUCUCUUCUUCUAUUUCCUCAUUUCUCCUCUUACACGUUCUCUCGAUUUUCUCCGCUUAUCUUCAUCUUUGAUCCACGUCAAAACCUCAUCAACGUCGCUGUGAAAGUUAAUUCUUCCAGCACAAGAUGUACCGUAAAUCAGAAUAUAAGCGUGAGUCUGAUUUGGAAUACUACGAGCGUAGGUAUUAUAAUGACUUGAAGGAUGAUUACUAUAAGUUCAAAAUCUCUAUUUCAAAGUAUAGGUGUCCAUUCUGCAACAACAAGAAGGAUUACACCUUGAAUGAGCUUUUGAGACAUGCUUCUAGAAUUGCCGGUGUUUCGCGUGGAGAGACUGUAAAAGAUAAAGCAAAACAUGCUGCUCUUGAAAGGUACAUUGAAAGGUACCUUGAUGUAAAAAAUUCUAAAGAUCAUUUACCUGAUUUGGAUAUUGCUAAAGAUAAGCUGCCUGGUGAAGAUGUUGUUAAAGAUAAUCACUUACCUGAUGUUAAUAUUACUAAAGAUCAUUUAGAUGAUGUUAAUGUUGGUAAAGAUUACUUAUCUGAAGCGAAUGUUGGUAAAGAUCGUUUACCUUAUGUGAAUACUGCUAAAGGUCGGUUACUUAAUGUGAAUAUUGAUGAAGAUAAGAUGUUUGUGUGGCCUUGGAUGGUAGUUCUGGCUAACAUUGUUACAAGAUUUGACCCAAACAGUGGAAAGCAUGUUGGGAAAAGCAAUAAGAAAAUUAAGGAAGAACUUAUCACGAAAGGAUUUCAGCCAGUGAAAGUUACUGCACUUUGGAACUUUAAGGGACAAUCACCCUUUGCAAUAGUUGAUUUUGGAAAAGAGUGGGUUGGCUUCAACAAUGCGAUGAAGCUAGAAAGGAGUUUUCAAGGUGAGCAUUGUGGCAAGAGGGAUUACUUAGGACCGAAGGAGCGAGGUGAUAGACUAUACGGAUGGAUGGCACGGGGCGAUGACUACCAUUUUAAGGACAUUGUUGGUAGUCACCUUCGGGAAAAUGGGGAUUUGAAAACUGUUUCUGGAAAAGAAGCUGAGGACAAUAGGAAAGCAAUGAAGCUUGUGUCUGGUUUGGCUAAUACAUUAAAAUUGAAGAAUAUGGAAUUGGAACAGACAGCAAGCAAAUAUGAUGAAGCUAAUGUGGUCCUAAGGAGAGUAAUGGAUCAGAAAGAGGGGAUGGUUGAACUUUUUAAUAAGGAAAUUAGCAAGAUGCAGCAGAUUGAACGCGAUUAUAUGGAGAGUAUUUCGAAGGAUCAUGAAAAAGCCAGGCUGCAACUGGAAGCUAAGAGGAAUGAACUUAUGUCCCGUGAAAAGGAUCUUCAGAAGCGUCAAGCACAUAAUCAUAAUGAGAGAAAUAAGCUUUAUCUUGAGAAGAAAAAUAAUGAGAUGGCAAUAGCAGAGCAAAAAAAGCAUGAUGAAAAAAUGAUGCAAUUGGCUCAAGAACAUAAGAAAGAAAAAGAGAAACUUCAUAAAAAAAUUCAUGACCUAGAGAGAGGACUUGAUGCAAAACAAGCAUUGGAAUUGGAAAUCGAACUGCUGAGAGGAGCUCUCCAGGUCAAGACGCACAUGGGAGGGAUGGAUCUGGAAGAGAAGGAAAAAUUGGAGGCAAUCAAAAUGGAUCUGCAGGAAAAGGAAGAGGAAUUGGAAUGCAUGGAAGAUCUUCAACAAACACUGAUUGUCAAGGAGCUCAAAACUAAUGAUGAGUUGCAGGAUGCUCGCAAAAAAUUAAUUUGUUGGAUUGGCUGCCCAAAGAACACACGAGCCUUUAUUUCUGUGAAAAGGAUGGGGGAACUUGGCAUUAAGCCGUUUCUGGAAGCAGCUAAGAGGAAAUUUUCUGAUGAAGUGGAUGUGAAAGCAGCUAAGGGAAAACUUUCCGAUGAAGUGAAGUUGAAAGCAGUGGAGUUGUGCUCACAGUGGGAUGAAUAUCUUAGAGAUCCAAGCUGGCAUCCAUUCAAAAUUGUAAAUGAUAAAGAAGGGAACUUAAAGGAAAUUUUAGACGAAGAAGAUGAAAAACUGGAAAGUUUGAAGGAUGAGCUUGGCGAUGAGGUUUAUGACGCAGUAGCUACAGCUUUGAUGGAGUUAAAUGAGUACAAUCCUAGUGGUAGAUACCCAAUACCGGAACUCUGGAAUUUUAAGGAAGCAAGGAAGGCUACGUUGAAGGAGGGCGUUUCCCACUUAAUCAAGCAAUGGAAAUUGUCAAAACGAAAGAAAACUUGAGGCUUCAUUUGGGCGGUUAGAAUCAGACUUACUUAUGCAGAAAGUUUAAUUUAAAUUCUAGCUCUAACAGACUUUGGUUCAGUUCAAAAUUAUGUUGCCAAUGGUUGCUAACACUUCGUACCGUUGUUAUAUGUAAUACUGAUAGCGAUAUCAUAUAUAUUUGUUUAGAAGAUAUUGCGUAUGACUUUGGGUUAAACCUUUAAAAUGAGUUGAAAGUUUAUCAAGGCUCUACUCAGACGAGUAGGUGAUAUCAA